GGACCUCGGCUCCGGAGCGCGCACGACCGUCGGCUGGCGAGCACGCCCCCCAGCGCGCGCGCGCGCUUUGCAAAUUUACAGGGCGUGGCCUCGCUCGGUCUCCGGGGCUCUGAUUGCGUGAGCAGCGUCAGGGGGCGUGGCUCCGGGGAAGCCCCCCCCAGGAGGGCGGGGCCGCACUCGUCUACGUGUUGCUUACAGGGCGGCGGGAGGAGCGGCCCCGAGGGGACCCCUGCGGGUCCCGGGAGGAGGCGAGUGCGCAGGCGCAAGGGCUCAGCGGCUGGCAAAGGCUCUGUCGCAGCUGAGAGGCUGAGGACGCGAGCGGGGAGGCAGGUGCCUUGGCCUUUGGAGAGGUGAUUGGGGACUGGAGACUGCUCCAAAGGCCAUUGAGCUUCAUGGUCUCUCUCUUCUGCCAGCACUCUGCCUCAUCCUCUGAAUGUGGACCAUCAAAGUCGGGGGGAAAGGAUGCCUGUAGCACGAGGGAAAUCAAAAUCCAGGGCACCAGUGACUUUCGGGGACUUGGCCAUCUACUUCUCCCAGGAGGAAUGGGAAUGGCUGAGUCCCAUUCAGAAGGAUUUGUAUGAAGAUGUCAUGUUGGAGAACUAUCAGAAUCUGGUCUUGCUUGGUCUUGCCUGUCGGAGGCCAAAUAUCAUCACCUUGUUGGAGAAAGGGAAAGCACCAUGGAUGGUGGAGCCAUCCAGACGGCGCCGGGGCCCUGAAUCAGGGUCUAAGUGUGAGACCAAGAAGUUACCACCAAAUCUAUGUAACAAAUCUGGGCAAAGUAUCCAUCAGAAACCAGUUUCUUCACAAGGAAAGGUCACCACAGGGAGGACAAAAUGUAACAAAAAUUCACUCCCAAGAAAACCCAAGAAAAGACAUUCAGGCAAGAAAUCUUUAAAGUGUAAUAAUUGUGGGAAAACCUUUUCUCGAAGUUUGUCUUUUAAACUUCAUCAAGACUUUCACACUGGAGAGAGGUCUUAUGGAUGCAGUAAUUGUAGACAAGUUUUCAGACAGAUCUUAUCUCUCAUUCUUCAUCAGCGAAUUCACAAUCGGAAGAAAAGCUAUGAAUGUGACAAAUGUGGGGAAAUUUUUAAUAAAAAAUUAACUCUGAUGAUACAUAGGAGAACUCACAAUGGAAAGGAAAAUUUGAACCAUGAGAAGGCCCCAGGUUCAUGCCCAUCUUUCAGUGUACACCCUAAUAAUCACAUUGUUGAGAGUAUCCACCAGUGCAGAAAAUGUGAGAAAGCCUUCAGCCAGAUGUCAUCCCUUUUACUUCAUAAGAGAAUUCACAAUAGAAAGAAAAUACAAUACAAUAAAUAUGGCAGAGGCUUCAAAAAGAAGACAGUCCUUGUGCAUAAGAGAAUUUGUAUUGGAAAGAAAACUCAUGAAACUAAGAAGGCCUUAAGUCAGGGUCUCAAGCAGAGAACUCACCAUUUAGAAAAUCCUUUUACAUGUAGGAAAUGUGGGAAGUCCUUCAGUAGGAUCUUAUCCUUAAUGCUUCAUCAGAGAAUUCACACUUCAGGGAAACCCUACAAAUGUGAUAAAUGCCAGAAAGACUUUAGACGGCUUUCCUCCCUUAUUCUGCACCUAAGAACUCAUAAGGGGGAGAAGCAGUUUAAGUGCAAUAAAUGUGAGAAAGUGUGCAAUAGGUAUUCAUCCCUUAUUCAACACCAGAAAAUUCAUAAGAGAAAAAAGAAACUCAUUGAGUGCAAGGAAUGUGGAAAGAUGUUUUGUGGAAUGAAAAACCUUAAAGUACAUCUGAACAUUCAUUCAGAAGAGAAACCUUUCAAAUGCAAUAAAUGUAGUAAAGUUUUUGGCCGCCAGUCAUUUCUUAUUGAACAUCAAAGAAUUCAUACUGGAGAAAAGCCCUAUCAGUGUGAAGAAUGUGGGAAAGCCUUCAGUCACCGAAUAUCCCUUACCCGACAUAAGCGAAUUCACAGUGAAGAUAGACCUUAUGAAUGUGAUCAGUGUGGGAAAGCCUUCAGCCAGAGUGCUCACCUUGCACAGCAUGAAAGAAUUCACACUGGAGAGAAGCCCUAUGCAUGCAAAACAUGUAAGAAAUCCUUUACUCAGCGCAUAUCCCUCAUUCUACAUGAAAGAAGUCAUACUGGGGAGAAACCCUAUGAAUGUAAUGAAUGUGGGAAGGCGUUUAGUAGUGGCUCGGACCUUAUACGACAUCAGAGAAGUCAUUCUUCAGAGAAACCAUAUGAAUGUAGCAAAUGUGGUAAGGCAUAUAGUCGGAGCUCAUCUCUAAUCCGACAUCAGAGCACACAUUCAGAGGAAAAAUCCUGAAGUUGUUGCUAACUCUGCAAAAGCUAAAAAGGAUGUCAAAGAAGUGUUCAGAGGCAUGGAGAAUGUGUGUAAGUGUUCUUGACUUAUGAUGAUGUAUGUCCAUAGGUUGAAACAUUUAAAACAGAAAUAUAUUUAAUAUACCUACCCUACCAAAUGUGAUCGUUUAGCAGCACAGUAUAAUGUGGAGUCCCAGUUGUUCACUCUCCUGAUUGCAUGGCUUCCUGAGGGCUAUGACCUGACCUGAUACUGCUGCCCAGCAUUUCGAGAGUUAUCUUACUGCUUACUGCUGCUUAUCGUCAGCCUAGGGAAAGAUCAUAAUUCCUAGCCUCAUGGCUAUUGCUUCUGUACACUGUAAUGCUGAAAAAUCCUAAAUCAGAAAUCAUUCAUUGGAGGGAGGGAACUAUCUGCCUAUAAUGUGUUUUGUGUCUAUGGGGCCAUUUUAUGAUAUUCUCCCUUUGAAAGCCAAAGAGCAAAAGUAGCUGGUGGAUUUUGAACUGAAGAUCUGAAAUCAUCUGAGGUGUGCUCAGGAUAUUGGAUUAGGGUUUGUGAAUGAAGGUGUUUUUCAGUUCGUAUUUUAUUUCCAGUGUAAUUUUUAAGGAUAAUUCAUUGGAUACAUACAAAGAAAUGGAACUGCAAAGUCCAUUUUUUUUCUAGAUGGUGCUUUGAGCCUGAGUUGAGGUCCCAGGAAAAUGGAGUGUUGAGUCUGUUCUCAGAACUAGAACUCCUGUGUGUAAGGACCUAGCAGGCAAAACAGUAAACAGGGUGCCUCUUUCUCCUGACAGAAAUGUGUUGGAGUGAGAACAAAGAAGAGGUUGCUAAAGAUAGUAUUCACAGUGGUGUAGAGCAGUAGCCAAUACCACACUGCCUCCAUGGAUGUGAAGAUACACUGUGAAAAUCUGUGUGACUAAGACAGGCUUGGGGGUGGGGUGGGAAGAAGAUACUGAACAAUGAGGAACUUCUGAGCAGGGAGAAGCUAUUUUUUACUUUUUUUAUUUGAAAAAAAGUCUAUAUUUAUAUAAAUAAACAGCAUUUUAUGUAAUAAUGCUAAUUGGUGUACAAAACGUAACUAUGUGUUUGUGUUUUUAUGGCCUGAAUAUUUGUGUCACCCCAACUCAUAUGUUGAAGCCCUAACCCCUCAGUGUGAUGGUACUUGGAAAUGAGAUUAAUAAAGUCAUGAUGCGGAUGGGCCUUUUUGAUAAGUUUAUUGAUCAGAGACACCAGAGGGCUUGAUCUCUUUCUGUACCAUGUGAGAACACAGGCAGCCAUCUGUAAACCAAGAAAAAGCCCUUAUGAGAACCUGACCAGUGUGAUGCCCUGACCUUGGAUUUCCAGCCUAUAGAGGAACUAUGAGAACCUGAUUUCUCUUUAAUUCACCAGUCUGUGAUACUGUGUUAUAGAAGCUCGAGCUGAUUAAUACAUGGAAGAACUCCUAGGUUAAUGUAUUGGAUGUUUUCCUUUGAGCUGUCCAACCCAUUCAAUGUAUUUUUCUGUCCCUCUUUCCAGCUUGUGUAAGUUAUAUAAGAAAUAAAGUCCGAGUUCUUUUGUGUGA